AUGUAUUUGAUGUAUUGUGUGCAGGUGAAUGGAGAAGAUGUCAGUCAGCUGUCGCACGAGGAGGCUCUCGCUGUGUUCAACAAGGCUGUUGAACCCAUACUCAUCAGUGUGCUCAGGAAGCCCACUCAUCUUGCCCACACUCACUCAACCCACUCGCACCCGCCAAAUUCUGAUCACACGCACCCAGAUCUAAACCAGCCUCACACUACCCAUACCCACUCUACAUACCCUCUUCUGCAUUCUAACCCCACUCGAAAUCACGCUAUAAAUCCUAAUUCUUCCCACUCUCAAUCUAGUCCCUCUCUCGAAACCCACGCUACCCUCAGCUCUCCCUCUAACCCACCUGUUGAACCCACAAAUUCUUCAGAACCAUCUGAUGAUGUACGUCUUCACGACGGAAACGAAAAUCAAAAUAACGACAGCCUGCAAGGAAGAAGAGAAACGUUAAUAAAUGAAGACACAAGUACUGAAGAAAGCAAGUGUCAAAUUUCAUAUGCAAUCGAGGACGCGACAAAAAUUUAUUCUGUUGUUCAUGAUCUUCAACGAACUCCCUACGUGACUCAAACCUCAGGUGUUCGGAACAUCCCAAAUUUAGAUUCGAAUUCGGAUGUCGAGAGCAAUUCAAAAGUUUCCCGAACUUUAGAUGUUAGCAAAGUUAGUGAAGAAAUUACGGAGGUCACGACUCAUGGAACGGAGUGCAGCACAUGUGAUGCAGUUGAACAGCACGCAAAAUUGUCCUGCGCGGUGAAUAGAAAUGCUAUUUUUAAUAAACAUGAGGCAACAUAUGAACAAAACUCGCUAUGCACCACUGAAGGAACGCAGACCGAGAUUGUGGGCGACGUAUGGGCGGUCCCUGGUGGCGUAUGGCCGGCCGCAUACGUGGUGCCCGACGAGGGGAGAGUGAGGGGAGGCAACGAGGGGAGAUGUGUGGAGUGUCGCUGCAAGAUGGGGAACGGCGUACAGGAGGAAGACGUGCUGGAGGGGGAAGACGUGCUGGAGGAGGAGGAGGAGGAGAGAGAGAGCUUGUCAUCUCCUGACGCCGACUACGUCUUCCCCGGCGACCUCCCCAAGUCCCUGUCGCAGUACCUCGAUCAGGAGAUCGAUAUUGAGGAGAUCGUGCUGCAGCGUAGUUCCCUACAGGAGAAGUUAGGACUCACGCUCUACUACAGCACUCCUGGUCUCCCUCAUCUCUCUCCACACACGCCUCCUUCAGUCGAUUCACCUGUUGCCGGCGACGCAGUUGCUGUUGCCGGCGACGCCGCUGCUGUUGCCGGCGACGCCGUUGCUGUUGACGGCGAUAUUGCGGCAACUGGCAACUCGCCUGCCGUGAAAGCGCCUGCUGAGGCAACCCCUGAAUCCCACACUUCGCCUGACGAAGAAACAAUCACUUCGUCUGAUAAGAAACCGCCUGUCUCGCCCGAUAAGUCGCCUGCAUCGCCGCACAAGGACGUGUACCAGAGUCCUGCCAACGGUACAUGUAACUCGCCUGCCAAGGACUCGCCUGCGACUGAGGUUCUCGUGUCACAGAUCCUGCCAGACUCGCCUGCCGCCCGCGACGGCAGACUCCGCAUCGGCUUGUCACGUGAGCAGACUGAGCGACUCUUCCAGCGCUGCGGCCUCCGCGUCAAGCUACUCGUGUCACGUACACAGUAUUACGACGAAGAUGACCUGGUGGAGGCUGACCUCCUGGAGGACGUGUACGAGGAGGACGAAGAACUCGAGGAGCUCGACGCCGAGUACGAGUUCCAGGCCACGCGAUACGUCAGAGAGGAGAAGCCAGUGCGUUUUAUAUGCGAAGAAGAGCCCGCGGUUUGCGUUGAAACGCAAAAAGAAAACAAAAAAUUUACCAAGUCCGAAGAAUGUGAAAAAGAUGAAGAAUUGAAGUCCCUGCCUUCCCCGACCUCAUCCAGCUGUUCAUCCAACACCUCAUCCACGGAGUCGCCUGGAAACUCAUCCAAAAAACACCGCAAGUCAUCCUCGAGGAUGAAGAAGAUGCUUGGUGGCCAUGAGCUGAAGGACAGCCACGAUGGACAGGACGAUACCAUUGGCCGCCAUAUGAAACAAAUCGACCAACAAAUCUGUGAUCUCAAUGAGGAAAUCCACAAUAUCCACGAGAGCGACGUGAAAGUCAUCAAAAUGUCCACGUCGUCAUCGAAAUAUUUCCCCAACAACGAAGGUAAUCCAGUAAAUCGGCCAAAUAAGCGGCCGCCGUUGAGCCUACCUUCGUUCGUCCACCCCACAGAUUCUGAUCACAUUUAUGAAUCAAUUCCUGAUAUCACGGAAUCCGACGAGCCUAUCUACUGCCUCCCUUAUCAGCCCGGCAAAACCGGUCGCAGGAUAUCGCCAAAAAAUGGGAAUGUUUCCAACAAGAACUUCCAAUAUCCAUCUAGAAAAUCCGACAAAUCUCCUAGAAGUCCAGAGGUGUCGCCAAGAAUAACCGACUUAUCCCCUAAAAAACACGACUUGUCUCCAAGAAAUCACGGUUUUCCUUAUAAGAUCGCAGAUAUUUACCCUAGAAAUGUUAACAUUUCAACUCGAAAAGGAGAUUUUGCUUUACAAAACUCGAAUUUUCCUUUGGACUCUUCUCGCCCCACGGCCCCCGACGUUUGCUGCAACUGUCCCAUGCAAGCUUCUCUUAGUUCGCACGAGGCCAAAGGCAACGACUUCAAAGGCACCAACAGCAGCAACAACAGCAGCAGUUCUAGUGGCAGUCGUAAUGGCAUCAGUGGCAAGAAACGCCGCGGUGGCAGCGAGGACCGACCACCGAAGGCGGACAGAGAUGGUUUGGUGGAGAAGAAGGAGGACAACAGAGACUCGUCCUCUGCCUACAACACCGGCGAUAGUACUGGUAGUAACCAUCAGGUGGUAGGGCCGUGUGCAGAGUCAGCCAGCGGUGGGGUUAGGUUGAGCCCUCCCCUGCAUCUGAGCCUGGGUUGUGAUCCUCUGCUACGAGCCUCAACCCUCGUACUGAACCCCGCUGGACAGGACGAAUACUGCCUGGAGUGCCAGGCUGAGAAGUCGACUGGACAGAACAGGACAGGUUCUGUCCGUCCCCCGUACAUCCACCGUCCACUUUAUCCUCCAUCCUCAUCAGCGGGACGAUCCAGCAACAACAGAGACGUUCCUUACAAUGUCCGCCCAGACGUUAGAACCCAGUACGUCAACUCGUUACCCAGCCAGUCUGGCUACGUCAUCAGUAACUGCCACUCAUUGUACGCAAACGCCGAUGAUUUAAACCACGCUAUUUGGUCCAACAAUCAACAACCCCGACAACAAACUAACCAGAUGUUUUCUCGCGCGAACAAACCAUCUAAUUCGGGCUACAAAUUCUCCGUCUCGGUCACGGAAAAGUUAUCAGAAAACGCUACUAGAGUUAGCCCUGCAGAAGAUAUCUACGAGAAUUGUUGUGAAGAACAGCGGCCUCAGCAACUUCAGCUCAAAGGAUACUCUUCAGGUCGACAUGUUAAGCCAACUUUUCAAUCGGAACCCACGACGCCCGUUGCGCAAAAGCAAAUGGAGUGGAAGGUUAGUACUGACGGCACGCGCUACAUCACGCAGCGCAGCGUCAGCGGCCGCCGUCGCGACCACCGCAAGCAGCGCGCGCUCAGAAUCCUGCAGGAGAGAAGUGGUGUCACCACCGACGAUGAGGCUGCCUCCGAGGUCAAGAUCGGGAAGUUCUGGUCCAAAGAAGAACGCAAGCGCCAUCUUGACAAGCAGAAACGACGAAGAGACCAACUUUUGAAUGCCACCGAACCACAACCAAUACAAACACAACAACCUACACAAUUAAUACAAACACACCAAGUAACACAGCAACCUACACAACUAAUACAAACACAGCAACCUCCUCCGCAGACCCCGGGCGUGGCCGUGAGGAAGCCCAUGGCCGCUGUGGACAACACUGUCCAUCAGGCCUUAUGGCGAGACCCUCAGCUCCACAAGGGCGGUCCCCUCUUUAUGCCUGUCAUCGAGCAACUCGGAACGUCUAACCAACAGAACAAACAAAUGCCGCAACAGAUUGUGCAACAAUCGUAUCAAAAGUUACAUAAUAAACAGGUGCUGCAGCAACAAACGCACCAGCAAUUAUUUCAACAGACACACCCGCAGAAUCAACAGCACUAUAAUCACCAACAGAUGUUCCAGCAGACACAUCCUCAGAAGAUGCACCAACAGGUGCUUGUAAAGAUGCCAUUACACCAACAUUCUCAUCUGCAGCAACAAAUUCCCCAACCGCAACAAACGCUACCAGGGCUUCAAAUCCCCCAACCCCCAUGCUACCCUCCUCCCCCCCUUAAACCCCUCAAGAAAAAACUCCCCCUCCGAUAGUCUCAUAAACCCAAUGAUAUUUUCUAACACAAUUUUGGAAAAAUUUAUGAUUUUUUAAACUAAAUUCUGGAAAAUUAUGGGAAGCCAGUCAAAGUCAGGAAAGUUCUGUUUUAAAAUUUCUGAAUUUCAGAAAAGUUCUGUGGAAUUCAGAAUUCUGAAAUUAGAAUUCCUGUUUGCCGAAGAGAAAUAGGUGGGAAAAUCGUUGGAUUUUAAUCCAUUUCAUCCAGUUGUUCAUUGGGCGACUUAACAUUUAGUUGUUGUACAUUUUAUGACUAUUGUAGAGCUGUAAAAAUAGAAAAGAAGCUACUUAUAGGCGUAGCUCGUUUUAAUUAAAUCUAAGAAUUUGUGAUGGAAGAAAAUGUACAUAAAUUAAAAGGAAUCUAUAAUAAUAUAAUCGUCAUAAUUUAGACGGAAUUCUUGAAAGCAAUAGGUUUUCUUAAUGUAUUCAUAAGUCAAUAGGUUUUCAUGAUGCGAACAAAAAAGGGCAGCGAAGCUUGAUCCAAAAUAGCGCAGUCAAUGAUUUAUUGAGUGGUGUUGACUGCUUACCAGAAUCAAAUUAUUUACGACUACUAUAGUCUGAUCACAUUUAAACUAAUCAAAAAAGUCAAUAUUCAACGAAACAAAA